CGUCAGAAGAAAUUGAAACAACAAAUUGGAAUCAAUUUCUGUAUACUUAUAAAUUCAUUGUGCAGUCAUGCAGUUCUCCUUGCUAUUUUUAUUGAUAUCCCUGAUGAGCGUGUCUGUAACAUUGCAGGGCGUGAUCAGGAAUGAUGAGAAUAAUGGCAAUGUGAAGACCCUAAAUUAUCAGAGCUCUGUUAAGGAAAUUGUUAAGGAUCUCAUAGCGGCUUGGUCCUCGCCGCUUGUCUACCUCAAGAAUCGCGGCUACCUGAGUGCACCAGAGAUCGGAUUCGAUAUGCUGCUCAAGGACGAUAAACUGGGGGAGCGAAAGACGCGCUCCAACGAGGAGGAGACGCCCAACGAUCUGAGCCAUCUCUUUCGCACGCUCUUCUCGUCCAGCGACAGCAACGUCUCGGACAAGAUCAAAAGCAAACUGGGCGUGCCCUGGGACAUGACUGCGCUCAAGAAUUCGGUGCGCAAUGAGGCCUUCAAAUACUACGAGAAGUUCUACGACAAACGCAAUCAACAGGCAUCCAACAACCAAGGAGACGGCGAAACGGAUAUAGAUCGGCAGGUGGCACAGCUGUAUCCAACGGUGGUGUUCACGCCCAACAAGGAGCACGCCGACGAGGAGGAGAAAAAGGUCAUUGAGGAGGUGGCCAGCCACAAGGAGCCCAAGCUAAUAAAUGGCAUUGCCAAGCUGCUGAGCAGCCGGGCCAAGCCGAUGCCGGUGCAGCAGCUCAAGGAGCAGAAGUUUUCGAUUGAAUUUGACGAGCCCUUCCAAACCAGACGCCAGCUCGGGCCAGCUCAUGCUAAUUUAUGGCAAUUGGUUAACCAAAUCAUCAACAGAGCGAUUAAUUAAAACUCGUUUUCGAUGA